CUGAGAAAUACUUGGGCGUUCAGUACUUAAACUCGGGUCAACAGCGUCGCACCGGCGGGCUAGCUUCUCAUCGGAUCCUAUCGGGUGUGCAAAUCAUACAUACACAUGUGUUUGAAAGCACGCCAUCCCAAAACGAAACACGAUCUGUUAAACAUGAAAACUCCAUGUUUAUGGAUAGUAACAGUGCUGAUCCUACUGCAGCUGGGAAUUGAGCAAGUGGUAUCCAAAAAGUAUCAGCGCUGCGAACUAACGCGAGUUCUGGUGCAGAACUACAACUUCGACAAGACUUUCCUUUCCAACUGGAUCUGUCUGGUGGAACACGAAAGUAACCUGGACACCACAAAAGUGACGAGAAAGGGCAACGAAAGCAAGAACUAUGGGCUCUUCCAAAUCAACAGCAAGGAUUAUUGCUCCGAAGGACGAAAAGGAGGGCAGUGCAAAAUGAAAUGUGAAGACUUCUCCAAUGAUGACAUAAGCGACGACAUCGCCUGCGCCAGAAUGAUCCAGAAACAGGAGGGCUUCAAGUACUGGAAAGGCUGGGAUCGCUUCUGCCGCAAUCCUCAGAAUCUGCCCAAUCUCGGCGUGGCUUGCCACCUGCGUAGCCUGUCUGCAGUGCGAUCAGCUCGUGGAUUCAUCACGGGCUGAACACCUAUUCCUAUGUGCUACUUGAACUUAAACGAAAUGUGUACAUGUACAUAAAUGCUUUGCAUAAUUGUU